CCGACGCCGAGGUCGCUGUUCUGCGCUUUUUGCCCCCCUCACCACCACCAGCAGCAGGAGCAGCAGUGGCCGCCGCGGCCUUAGGUCUUUUUGUCUGUGAGGCAGAGUGAGGAGCUCUCGAUUCCGCGGCAGCUGAGCUCAGCCGCCUUUGCGCGGGUACAUGAGAGAGAAGACACCGAGAGCAGAGCUCGGGAGGCCGCGGACAGCAGCGCACACGGAGCCCAGCCGGCGGCAUAAGGCAUUAACACAAAGGGAGACGGGUAGCCCGCAGCGGCCCGGCAAAACAUGCUCCGUGUCAGGGACCAGUCAGCCGGGUGUCCGUGCUGAAGAAGGGGGACCGUGAGAGCGAGGUGCCCGGUGAGCGGCGGGCCGACCCUCUGCCGUCACCUCACACUUAUCGACGUGAAAUCCCCCUCUCUGCCCGCGGCCUGAACUUUUCCGUGUGCCCCCCCUCCUCCUCCUCUCUCCCUGAACCGGCUCCCCCGCUCCUGCCAGCGCCUCCUGUGCGGUCCAUGAGCGGGAUCGGGCCGGCCGCUGGCUCCCUCCUCUCCUGAGAGCCGAGGAGCGGGAGGCCGCCACCCCCUCGCCUCGGAGCCGCUCGCCUCCCGCAUUAACUCUGUGUAGCGCUCUCCACACCUCGACGUCGCUAAUCGGUUAUUUGAGGACACCCCGGGGUUGCCCCGUCUCCUGGAGCCAGGUCGUAAGAUGUCUAAUCCGACGGUAAAAUCGGAGCCCGAUCAACGGAGGAAGGGGCAGGCUUUCCUGGACGAGCUGCGGCAGUUCCAUGAGAGCAGAGGGUCCCGCUUCCGGAAGAUCCCUGCAGUUGGGGGCAGAGAGCUCGACCUGCACUCCCUCUACACCAGGGUCAUUACUUUGGGAGGUUUUGCAAAGGUCUCCGAGAAGAACCAGUGGGGGGAGAUUGUAGAAGACUUCAGCUUUCCACGGGGCUGCGCCAAUGCUGCCUUUGCUCUGAAACAGUAUUACUUGCGCUACUUGGAAAAAUAUGAGAAAGUACAUCAUUUUGGUGAAGAUGAUGAUGAAGUCCAGCCGGGCAAUCUCAAACCUCAGCUCCCUAUUGGUGCAAUACCAUGCACGUACAACUACCAGCAGCACGUUGUUCCAGAUUAUUUGCGUCAAAGUUAUGGGCUUACUAUGGACUUCAACACGCCAAAUGAUUACAACAAACUGGUGCUUUCGCUUUUAUCUGGGCUCCCGAAUGAAGUGGACUUUGCAAUAAAUGUUUGCACCCUACUGUCUAAUGAAAGCAAGCAUGUUAUGCAGCUUGAAAAGGACCCCAAAAUCAUCACGUUGUUGCUUGCAAAUGCUGGUGUGUUUGAUGAUACUCUGGGAACAUUUUCUGCUGUGUUUGGUGAUGAAUGGAAGGAAAAAACUGAUCGUGAUUUUGUACAGUUCUGGAAGGAUAUUGUUGAUGACAAUGAAGUACGUGACCUCAUAUAUGACAAAUGUGGAUCUCAAGAAGGCACAUCUCCAGAAUCCUUAUGGGACUCAUUAUUUCACCCUCCUAGAAAGCUGGGCAUUAAUGAUAUUGAAGGACAGCGUGUUCUCCAGAUAGCAGUAAUUUUGCGCAAUCUUUCCUUUGAAGAGAGCAAUGUUAAACUUCUGGCAGCUAAUCGGACUUGUCUCCGCUUCUUGUUACUGUCUGCUCAUAGUCACUUUAUUUCUCUCCGGCAACUGGGACUUGAUACAUUGGGGAACAUAGCAGCAGAGCUCCAGUUAGAUCCUGUUGAUUUCAAAACCACUCACCUAAUGUUCCACACUAUAACAAAAUGCCUAAUGUCUCGGGAUAGAUUCCUAAAAAUGAGAGGCAUGGAAAUCUUAAGUAACUUAUGUAAGGCUGACGAUAAUGGAGUUCUUAUUUGUGAGUAUGUGGAUCAGGACAGCUACAAGGAAAUUAUAUGUCAUCUUUCUCUACCGGAUGUACUACUUGUAAUCUCGACUCUUGAGGUGCUCUAUAUGCUUACGGAACUGGGAGAAAUGGCCUGUGUGAAGAUAGCAAACGUAGAGCGAAGCAUAGAUACAUUGGUGUGUCUUAUUUCUAUGGAUAUUCAAAUGUUUGGACCUGAUGCGCUGACAGCAGUGAAACUUAUUGAACAUCAAAGCUCCAGUCAUCAAGUGGUUUCUGAAAUACGGCCACAAACAGUGGAGCACGUUAACCCUUCUGUUAAUUCAAGCCCUGCUCCAGCUUCUAGACCAGUCAAUGCACAUGCUGUGCCACCUCCUGGAAUUGUGGAGAUAGACAGUGAAAAGUUUGGAUGUCAGUGGUUGAAUGCACAUUUUGAGGUGAACCCAGAUUCUUCAAUGUCGCGGGCAGAUAUGUAUUCUGAAUACCUCUCAACAUGCAGUAAAUUGGCCAGAGGUGGAAUCUUAACUUCGUCUGGAUUCUACAAAUGUCUACGGUCAGUGUUCCCAAACCACAACAUCAAGCGAGUGGAAGAUCCAAACAACAAUGGGCAAGCUCAUAUUCAUGUGUCUGGUGUGAAAAGAAGGGCCUUACCACUUCCUAUUCAGAUGUACUAUCAGCAGCAGCCAACUUCUAAUGUUUCAGACACAAAUGCAGCAGGAGUACCACAAGGAGCAGUAAAUCCCUUCCAGAGAACUGUAGCACCUAACCAAGUUACUAAUCUCACUGCAACGCAGAUGUCUUUUCCUAUUCAAGGUGUCCACAGUGUGGCCCAGACAGUUUGCCGUAUGCCACAGAAUCUGCAUGGUCAGGCCCAGCAACAACAGAAUACCACAGUGACUGUAAUUCAGAAUAAAACUCCAAUAUCAUGUGAAAUGGUUAGAGCUGCAGUAAUACAGGGUUCUGUGCAGCAUUCAGCAGUUCCUGUCAGUAUUGCUUUGGGAGGAUCAACACAAGCUUCUCUAGUUCACAGCAAUCCAGGGCAGCAGCCUUCUGUUACAGUUGUGGGUUCUCAGGCCUUGUUUCACCAUCCUUCUGUCAUUCAGCAGCAAUCGCCUUUACACACUGUGGUACCUGGUCAGUUAACAUCAGGCACUCCGGUAGCUGUUAUACAACAAACAGUCCCUCAAGGUCAUAUAUUUGGCAGAGUGCAGAGUUUGUCAGCAGGUACAUCUGGACUGCCACAAGGUCAGCAGCUAAUCACCACAUCCUCACAAACUGUUCACUGUUCCCAACAAUCCCCAGCUUCCAACCAGCAGAAAGAUACAGUAAUCAUAACCCCACAACAAUAUGUAACGACGUCCUCCUCUAACAUGGUGUCGGCUACAACUGUACAAAGUUUCCAUGUAGCAGCAGGACAGGUGGUUACAAUAGCUGGUGUUCAAAAUCCUCAGACCUCUAGAAUAGGAUUUCAAAACAUAGCCCCAAAACCUCUUAAUUCUCAGCAAGUAUCCUCGACAACUGUAGUUCAGCAACCAUCACAGCAGCAACCCCAGCAAAGUGUAGUCAUUGUCAGCCAGCCAGCUCAACCUGGUCAAGCGUACGCACCAGCCAUUCACCAAAUAGUUCUCACGAAUCCAGCUGCAAUUCAGGCAGGACAGACUGUCCAGCUAACUGGCCAGACAAAUCUAACACCUUCCUCUUCUCCAAUCCCAACUCCAAAUAAUCAGCUCCCACCAGUAAUGACUUCUUCCCCCAUCACUUCAAUUUCACAAGGACCCCCUCCUACUGUUAGCCAGAUGCUUUCGGUAAAAAGGCAACAGUUGUCACCAGCACCUCACCAACAGCAGCAGGCACAAGCUUAUCAACAACCGCAGGCACAGCAGUCACAGCCAUCCCAACAGGUACAAGUACAGGUUCAGCAACAGCAGGCCCAAAGUGGAGGUGUUGGACACUCUAGUCCUGCUGAGUCCAGCCUCAUUAAACAGUUGUUGCUUCCCAAACGGGGACCUUCAACGCCUGGAGGGAAACUCAUACUCCCAGCCCCGCAGAUACCACCUCCCAACAAUGCAAGAGCACCUAGCCCUCAGGUGGUGUAUCAAGUAGCCAAUAAUCAGACCCCUUCAUUUGGUGUACAAGGGCAGACGGCCACUCCACAAAUACUUGUUGGGCAACAAAACAUGCAAUUAGUGCAGGGUACAAUGCAGAAUCAAACUGCGGUACAGACUGUUCCAAUUUCUAAUCUACAAAUUUUACCAGGUCAGUUGAUAUCGAACUCUCCAGCAACGAUAUUUCAAGGAACUUCUGGCAAUCAAGUCACAAUAACAGUUGUGCCAAACACAAGUUUUGCUACUGCAACCGUAAGCCAGGGAAAUACACCUCAAAUUAUUGCACCUAUGAGUGGGACACAACCUGGAGUGGGAUUACAGGUACAAACACUACCAGCUGCUCUUACACAGCCUGGCGGGCAAAUACCCGCAUCUGCUCCUUCUCCCCCUUUUAAGGGGGAUAAAAUAAUUUGCCAAAAAGAGGAAGAGGCAAAAGAAGCGACAGGCUUGCACCUGCACGAACGUAAAAUUGAAGUAAUGGAAAAUCCGUCUUGUCCGAAAGGUUCUGUUAACACCAGCAAUGGGGAAACGAGUGGAAAUGAAGUACAAAUGGGAAACCUUUUGAAUGGCAAAAAGUGUGACUCCAGUCUACCUCCUUCAAACUCAGGAAAAAUGCUGAAUGAGGCCAGUCAAGUGGUCACUAAUGGGGCAUCUGUGGAACUGGGGGAAAAUGGAGCUGCUUUGAAACAAAACACUGACCAGAGUGAUAUACAAGAUGGUAAAACAGACUUGAAAAAGCCACAGGUUAAUGGGGUUUGUGAUUUUGAAAAGGGAGACUGUUCACAUCUGAGCAAAAACAUUCCUAAUCACAAAGCUUCCAACCACGUAGGAAAUGGGGAAAUAUCUCCAAUGGAGCAACAGGACCUUGUGGAUUCUGCGCAACAAGUUACUGCCAAAGGUGAUCAACUGGAGAGGCUUUCCAAUGGACCUAUACUAGCCAACAGUUUGUCACAUUUUGCAAGUAGUACAAAUGAUGUUUCGAACCUUGCAAUCCAGAUACAAUGUGGUAAUGCAACAGAUUUACCCAAUGG